GUGAUAAGUGAUAUCACAGUGCAUCUAUAUGAGAGAUGCACAAUAUGUAUUUUUUGGGCAGGGGCCGGAGGGCUAGUUAAGUAGGGGCCUACUCCUGAGAUCCAUGGAAUCAACUUGAUGCCAAUAAUUAUAAGGGAAGCAAUCGACAUAUUAAUUCUGAAAGCAACUAUUGGCUUGGUAAGAAACGAUACGUCAUAGAAUGACAAGUAAAUGAGAGAUCCACUGCACUGAAGUGAAGUAAACAAAAUUACGAAGAAUUAAAAAGUUACAUCGACAUUUUUUUCUAACAAAGACUCGUAUUUUAUUCAACAAUUGUCACCAAAGUCAUGUACAAAAUAAGCUUGAAUUUGGCAUAAAAAUCAGUCAGGUAUACAGCUUUUAUUCAGGGUUUUAUGUCGUACCUGCACAAAGGACAUGAAUUGCGAUUAUUUUAUAAACAUCUUUGAAAAAAAACUUUUUUUUACGAGAAGGUAAAGAAAACGACACACAAAUAAAAAUCCAGGCACGCUUAUUAUGCGUACCCGAACUGAGUCACUGUUGUUGAUCUUCCGUGCAUGAUACCGCGGGGGUUCUAUUCGUUCGUGGAUGACCUGCAUGGUAUAGGGCAGACAACGAAAUAAAAUCACGGAACCACACCGCCGCCUCCCUCGUUGAGAUCCGCAGGGUCGUACAACUGUCUCGUCCUCAGCUCCACUCUCCCUAUAUAUUGAAUCUUAGUUUACUGCAAUUUCCAAAGCUUUGAUAGGUUCCGAAUUGUCACUUUGCAUCACAUCAAGAAGCGUAGCUUUGCUUUCCCGUACCGCCAACAUCCAGCAGGUCUUCAUUCGUUUCAGAGAUAUCCACGAAUCUUCAAUGUCAGCAUCAUGGUGGAACUCUCUCAGCAAGUGUUGUUGGUCAAGUUGGUGGUGCUGUCAGUCUGCUUCAUCACAGACUGUAUGGCGGUGAGCACUGGAUGUUCAGAUGUGUGCGAGUACAAUGCAUGGGGGAAGGAAGCCGGAUGUCAGGGGCGAGAUCUGACUUACGUGCCACAGGAGUGUAAAUCAGCCAAGACCUUGCAGAUGCAGGAUAACAGAUUGCAGCAUUUGACGGAGGGUUCCUUUAGCAAUUUUUCCAACCUGAAGUACCUGUACCUAGACAGAAAUAACUUGACCCUAGAAAACGGAGCAUUUGAAGGGUGUACCGAGUUGCAACAGAUCCAUCUGAACGAGAUCGGUAUUCCAACUCUCAAACCAGACAUGAUGAGGGGGUUACCAAAUGUGCUGCACAUGUUCAUCAACAAGGCCGGAUUGGAGGUGAUCCAACCAGGUGCAUUUCAGAACAUGACAAACCUGCAGUACCUAUCUUUGCAGGAAAAUGAACUUAUGACAGCUCCAUGCGAUGCCUUCUCCACUGUCAAUUCUCUUCAUACGCUAUUCCUUGACAGUAAUAAAAUCACUUAUUUGCCGGAUGACUGCUUCAGCAGAUUUUCUCACCUGACCAAACUCUAUCUUAAGAACAACCCACUGGGAGACCUGAGCGGUCGUGCAUUCAGUGGACUUGGUAAUCUUGUCCACUUGGAUCUGCAAUAUACAGACUUGACCCGAGUACCAACGGGAAUAUUCCCAUAUGCCAACAAAAUCGAAACGCUUCAGCUUUCUUUCAAUGACAUUCAGCAUCUCCAUAACCGCGAUUUUGCGAGUCUUUCUGGACUGAGAAAGCUUUAUCUCCAGCACAAUCAGAUUAUCAGCAUUCAGAGUGACUCGUUUGAAUUCCUCGGUUCUCUCAAUGUACUCGAUAUAUCAUUCAACGUGAUAAAAUCGAUCGAAACUGAAGCUCUUGAUAAUUUUCCACAUUUGACGAAGCUCCGGCUGCAGUAUAAUUCGUUGAAUUCGACCAGGAAUAUCACCUUCAUCAACAUCCCUCAGGUUGCCCACCUUAAUAUCUCUCACAAUCCGCUCCACUGCGAUUGUUCUAUUUACCCUCUUCAGUACUGGCUUGAUGGAGCGACUGCGAUGACUUCUGAUGCAGGCCCGUCAUACUUGGCAAGCUGUUCAACUCCCGAAAGUUUAAACGGACAAUUUCUCACUAAACUCAGCCAUCAUGAUAUCUGUCCUUCCGUAAAACCUGUGCCCCUAGUCACUGAUCUCAUCACACCUGCAGCCCUCUUACAAAAGAAAGACGCGCCCACAUCUACAGGUUCAUUGGACAGCAAAAUGAUUGGCAUCAUUACCGGAGUGGCUGUAUUGAUCAUUUUCAUUAUUGGUGGUAUUAUCAUCCUAGUUAUGAAGAUACGCCAUGAUCGAGAUGAAAUCGACAUAGGCGGCCAGUACGAAAGAGGUGGGCAGCUUGGGGUGAAACCUCCUGCACAUGGACCGCCAGCGCCAGCCGGGGCAAUGUAUAUCACUGAAAAUCUACUGGAGAAAGGGCCUGAACUACCACCCCGACGUACAGACGUCUUUCCCAAUGGAUCGAGAUGUCCUGGCUCCUCAGUGACGUCAGGAACACAACUUUUACAGUGUCCUUAUCCCAGCAUUGGAGAUGUCGACGGGCCAGAAGGAACCAUGGACAGCGUGGGCUACAUUUCUCCCUUGGCUAAUGGUGAAAGGACGAGGCCUUCACUUUCACCACAGUCUAGCCUGUCUACUUCCUCUCCAGAAGAAGAUGGUGAAUAUUCGGUGGUGUUUCCUGAAGAGCAAUCUUUUGUGGAAAAUGAGGAGGCACCUUCGGCAGCGGAGUGGUUGAACAAGAACUUCAACCCGUCUCCCGGGGCAGAUACUACUAUGGAGUCCAAGUCCAAAGGACAAACACCCGCUGCUGAGAGUAAGAAUGAUACAGGCUACAUCUUGUGGCGUCCGUCUUGAGAUGUUUCUGUAGCAGCUGCCUAUGGAAGUUUUUCCUACGAGAUGAAGUACUCAGGGUGUUUCCUUGAUUAGCUAUAGUAGGCUUCAGUGAUAUUUUUUAUAAAGUGGACUCUGUCAGCAGAGAUUUCAUUUAUAUGCUUUCAUUAUCUUUUGAUAGAGGAAUAGUAAAGAGACUUGCUCAGAUCUUUGUCUGUGGACCUGGGGAAGCUAUAGCUCUAUAUUCUCUACAGCUUAAUUAUAAUUAUGAACAGAUCAAUCUUUAACCUAUCAAUGGGGUCGGUUUACCAUUACAAUAAUAUUGUAGAGGUGUCGUGGUUUAGUGGAUACAUCAUCGUCACCAGACUGUGAAUGACAUGGUCCGCAGUUUGAGUCCCACCUCGGCACACAUAUCCUUUGGCAAGACAUUAAUCUGCAUGUGCCACUCUUCAUCCAGGUGAAUUAAAUGGGUACCUAGUAGGAAGAAAUCCAUUAUGCUUUAGCGCCUGAUUAUGGUGGCUAAGCUACAGCCGGGGUAAUAAUACUUUGUAUUAAUUAGCAGUAGAGUUAUUCAUUACAGUACCUGCGCUAUAUAAAUGAACCUAUUAUCAUAAUGACUACCCUGACAAUAUAACCCUCUUACAAGAGAUAUGGUGGGCGAAACGAAGUGAAUCAUGACCAUUUGGACAGUAAAAGUCGUUAAAUGUCCUAAAUUGUUCCAGGCCAACGAUUUCUGGAACAUCUUUUCGGCACCUUGUGGAUAAAACUCGGGAUAGCUUUGUUGUUUUGUACAGUUAUUUUUGGAUUUGCUUAGGUUUAUUUCAUUGAUGAAUAGUCGCUAUAAUUAUGGGAAAAGUAUCUGCGAUCAUGUUUUUUUUAAUUGGAUGUUUUUACCUUCUUUUUUUUCUGG